AGUUCUACUCUUCAUAAACCAAAGAAAAGAAAACACUCUCUUCUCUCUCUCUCUCUCUAGAUUGAUUAUCAUAUGAAGCACAAAGCAGAAUCCAUGGCUGCCAACAGAUUUGCAACAACGCUGCACAGAAACACCCACAAACUAGUCUUACUUCUGGUUUAUGCAGUCCUUGAAUGGGUGUUGAUACUACUUCUCCUCCUAAACUCUUUGUUCAGUUACUUCAUCACCAAGUUUGCCACCUACUUUGGCCUCCAAAAGCCAUGUCUAUGGUGUUCUAGAGUUGAUCACAUCUUGGAACCCGGAAAAAAGACCAAGAGUUACACAGAUCUCCUCUGCGAGAGCCAUGCUGCUGAGAUUUCACAACUCGGGUACUGCUCAAAUCACCAAAAAAUGGUGGAAACAAGAAAUAUGUGUGGAUCUUGCUUCGCUUCAUAUUCAGGAACAGAAACUAAAAUGCCUUCUUCCAUUGACAAUGACAAGGUUGAGAUUGAUGAGAAUGUUUCGAGGUGUUGUUGUUGUGGCGAGAAGUUCGAUAGGGUAUAUAACCCUGAUGAUCCUUACUUUGUGAUUAAUCCUUCCUGGGGGUCUUUAGAGUAUGCCCAGAAAGGUGAUUUGGUUAUGGAAGCUUUGGAUGGUGAUGAGAACAACAAUGGAGGGGAGUUUGAUGUGGGACAAGGCCAGCAAGAUCGGCAUGACGAGGCUGAGGUCGCGGAUGAUCAUGUUGUUGAUAGUUUUAACUCCAGAGAUACUUUAGAAGAAGAUUGUCUAAGUUCAUCAUCAAUGUUCAUAUGUUAUGAAAAAGAAGCAAUGGAAGAUGGCAAAGCGAGUUUCCUUGAUAUUAUGCGGCAAGGUUCUCAUGGAAGCAACGAGUAUGUUCGUCAAUUGUCUGAUGUUUAUGUAGGCAAGUGUCGUACUAAAGAAGAUGAUAAUGAUUUAACUGAAGAUAUUCAGUGCUCUUCAAAGAUUAAUCAUAGGAUUGGCAACCUUGAUCACCGUUUGAUUCCCAUUGAGUUGAUUGAUUUUUCAACUAGAGCAGACAAAGGAGGCUGCAGGUUUGAAGAAGGAGAUCUAUGCUGCAGGUCUAGGAUUUCAUCACAGCUCAAAUUCUCGGGCGAGGCAAAAGUAAAUAAGAGUGCAGAGAAGACGGAUAACGUAGAACAUGAAAACUUGAAAAUGGUCAUGGAUUUGGUUGAUCAGUCUGAAAAUGGAGAUACUGAAGAGAAAAAAGGGGAUUUGGUUGGCAAUCUAAGUGAACAAGUUCUUACUGCUCAAGAAAUCCAAUCCUUGCAAAUCAAUGUCAAAGAAGCAAUUAUGACAAAACUGUAUGACCUACAAGCAGCAUCUGCGAGAGGAUUGUCAAAUGAUCAAAUUAUGUCAAGAACUUUGGUGAGCACACAAGUGUCCGAUUAUGCAGACAACAAAGAUUUAUCUUCUUUAAACAACAAUGGUCCUGAAAUUCGUUAUAAAAUUCCCGAUGCAUUCAUAGCUCAGAAUGACCAUGGUCAAGGUCAUACAGAAAAAGCUACAGAGCAAGCAAAACCAAGUUUGUAUGACGAGGAUCGAGAAAAAAUAGAGCAGGCCUGCAUGCUUUCGGAGCAUAACACGCAAAAGGAGGACAAAUUUCCUGACACACCAACUUCUAUUGACAGUCUCCACCACUUGGACAAGAAAUCGCUAACACCUGAAAAAAGAGAGUCAGGAGCAAAAGAAUCCUAUGAUGGAAGCGUGGUAAGUGAAAUGGAAGGAGGCGAUGCAGUAACAAGCAUUGAACAACUUAAAACGGCACUGAAAUCUGAAAGAAAGGCUUUAAGUGUUUUAUAUGCAGAACUAGAGGAAGAGAGAAGUGCCUCCGCAAUAGCUGCAAAUCAAACUAUGGCAAUGAUAACGAGGCUUCAAGAAGAGAAGGCUGCAAUGCAGAUGGAGGCAUUGCAAUACCAGAGAAUGAUGGAGGAACAAUCCGAAUACGACCAAGAAGCCUUGCAGCUAUUGAAUGACCUCAUGAUCAAAAGAGAGAAAGAGAAGCAAGAACUUGAGAAAGAACUAGAAAUUUAUCGAAAGAAGGCACUUGAUUAUGAGGAGAAAGAGAAGAUGAGGAUGAUUAGAAGGAUUAGAGAUGGAAGUGUAAGAAGUAGGAACUCUUCUGCUUCUUGCAGCCACGCAUGGGAUAGUGAUGACCUAUCGAUUGAUCUUAACCGCGAGUUGAGGGACGAAGAUUGCAGCUCCUACGGCCAUCAAGAAAGCAAUAACAACAACAACAAUAAUGCUUCCGUUGAUACGGUUCUAAAUUUGGAGGAAAUAACACUAGACUGUGUAAAGCACAUGAGCAUUCUUGAUGAAUCACUGACUGAAUUUGAAGAAGAGAGGCUGUCUAUUCUUGAUCAGCUUAAAGCAUUGGAGGAUAAGCUUUUUAAAUUGGGUGAUGAGGAUGCGGAAUUCUCAAAUGAUCUUAAAUUUAUUGCGAGUACCUCCCAAUCCAACGUUGAAGACUUUGAAGAAAAUCUUACCACCACACCAGAAGAGAGUGGAAAAUCAGAUGGUUUUGUAAAGGAUAAUCAUGAUGACCCUGAGAUGAAAAUACUCGGUUCCAUGGCGAAGAAGCUCCUUCCGCUUUUGGAUGCAGCUGAUUAUAAGGAAAGUGAAGAAGGAUUAAUGAAUGAAGAAAAAGUUGAAUCAACGUCUGUUGAUAUGCUUCAUAACUCUCCAGUUUCAAAGUCAGAGUUGGACAGCAAUAAAGUGGCCAUUGAGGAGGAGGUGGAUCAUGUCUAUGAGAGGCUACAAGCACUUGAAGCAGAUAGGGAGUUCCUAAAGAACUGUAUGAGCUCCAUAAAGAAGGGAGACAAAGGGGUGGAUCUUCUUCAAGAGAUCUUGCAGCAUCUAAGGGAUCUAAGGACUAUCGAACUCCGAAUGAGCAAUGCAAAUGAUGAUGCUCCUGGCGAAGUCGCAGUUAACUAAUAUUGCGAAUGCUCUUGAAGGUCAGGAUCCACGACUGAAGAUGCAAGCAGUUCAAGACUUACACUUUUUUUUUUUUGGUUAUCUCUUUUGAUAGUUAAGUGCAGAACGGUUUGGGGGUUUGACGUGUAAAUGUUAGAGAGAGAAACAUUGCUGGGUAUGCUUUGUUUGAAUUGGUGUAGGACACAGACUUUUUUUUUUUUCCCUUUUUGGUUUGUUCUUUUGGAGUGAGUGCAAAUUAAAGCCAACAAUCUGAAGGCUCUUCAAUAUGGUCAUU